AAUAAGAAUCUUGUUCGUUGACUUGACUAAUUAAUUCACAAUAUAUUACCACUCUAGCAUUAAACAAUCACUUCUUUCUCUUUCAUUAUUCUCUCAUCAGUUUCUUUCAUUCCAAACUAUCAUAUUCAUGUUCAUCAUCACCACCUAAAACUCAAAGCUCUAGCUUCAUCUUCAUGCUCCAACAUCUGUUUUUCAUAGUAGCCGCCAGAUGCACCAAACGGAAUGAGAAAUAAGGUGGGAAGUAGUGUUGAUUUUGAGAUAUUCACAUGGAAAAUUGAAGAUUUCACAAAGAAAGAUAUCACCAAAUUAAGCUCCAAGGCUUUCAAAAUACGUGGCUAUACAUGGAAGCUUGUUGUGCAUCCAGUGAGGAACGAUGUGAAUCAUUUUUCAUUGUAUUUAAUGGUUGCUGAUAAUUUACCUCCUUAUGGAUGGACAAGAAACACUUUCUUCAAGUUGGCUCUAAUCAAUCAAGUUGAUAGAAGAAAGUCAAUUGUGAAGGACACACAACAGAAAUUCAAUGGAGGACAUAGAUGUUGGGGUUCAUUCUUCAUGAAUCUAAAAGAUUUCCAUGACCAUAGACAAGGUUACCUUGUGAGGAACACAUGCAUCAUUGAAGCACACAUUUGUGUCUCCAAUUUUCCACCACCUCUAGACACCAACAUCAUAAACCCAAUCAAUGAUGAUUAUUCCAUCUUAGAUAAUAACAAUAACACUAAUAAUCCACCACCUUCAACAACAAAUCAUGCUAAUCUUCGAUCCUCAUGUGAUGAAAUUACAAAUAGCCCCUCAACAUCAUCAUCACAAUCAUCAUCAAGGUCUAGUCCAAAUGAAUUAUUAGGUAACAAUAGUGAAAUCCAAGCUUCAUCAAAAAAACAACUAAGACUAAGAGACCUAAUAGAUUUGCAAGCCUUAAAAGAUUACAUUCCAUUGUUAGAAGAAGUUUGCACAUGGCACCCUUCACUUUUACAUAGCCAAAAGAAUAGGACUCAAGCUUUUAGGUUAUGGGCAUUCACAUCAUUAGGCCAAGUUCUUCACUUUCUUAAGACAAAGAAGGUUAAGGACAUUGAUGACAAUGACAUAAAAACCCUUCAAGGUUUGUGGGAUGAACUUGAGAAGUCUUCAGGGUUUGAAUUGGCUUGGCUUCAGCCUUAUGUUGAGGCUGCAUUGAGUGUGAAGGCUCACUUGCAAAAAACAAAGAAAUUGAAGAAAUUGGUGGAUCAUGUUGUUGGUUUGGAAAUUAAGAUGAAGAAAUUGAGAGGGGAACUUGCUGCUGCUGAAGCUGAGUUUGAGAUUGCAAGAAAAGACUUGUCUCAAGUCAGAAAAGGGUUUCAAAAGAUGGAUGUGAAUGCUACUAUUGGUUAUGCCAUGUUCUAAUAAUAAUAAUGAUGAUGAAUUUGUUAUUAUUAUUAACAUGUGGUUAAUGAAUUUGUUAUUAUUAAUCAUAUGUCAUUUCUCUUGUAACAUUUUUUAACAUACCUAGAGUUAUUGAUCUUAGAAAUUGCAACAUAUGAUUACUUCAUGUUCAUAGCUAUAUAUGUAAGGUACAGUACUUUUGGU